UCUGACCCCCGAGGACUGGAGUUGUCCAUCUCUGCCCUAGAUACUGUAUGAUGACUAACAACUGUGGAAAUUACUUUUCUGGCCAACAGGAGGCACCCCUCUUCUCUAGAGACGGCUCCGUGUUCUAUGUCACUCUGCCUGCAGCACAAGGGGGUCACGGAGAGUAUCGACACAUAGCUGUCCUCCCUACUCAGGUCAGAGUUGCGUUUCAGCCUUAUCUACCUUGCUUUAUCUUAUUUGGCCCAAGUCAGUCUAUUUUGAAUGGCUAGGGUUUUCUCCUCACUAUCCAAUGACCCCUUCAUCUACCUUUAACUCCCUAGCUCCCUCCCUCUUACACGGUCUCUAUCUCUGUGUCUUUGGCUCGUCUCUCUCUCUAACUCAGCUUCUCUCUCCCUGCAGCCUUUGACUACCCCCAUGUCUCCACGAUUCCUGACAUCAGGGCACUGGGACGUGAUGUCGCUCUGUGGCCUGGAUGAAGACGCAGAGAAACUAUACUUCAUCAGCACAGAGGCAUCCAAACACAGCAGACACCUUUACAGUGUGAACCUCUGGGGUUUUUCUCAAAGACACUGUCUUACCUGCACACUCUCAGAGACCUGCCACUUCUACAAGCCACAGUUCAACCCCAGCCUCACUCGUGUUAUCCUCCACUGCUUGGGCCCUGGCAUCCCCAGAGUGACUGUCCACAGCACCAGAGAACAUUUCAGGUACAAGGUCCUGGAAGACAACAAGCCUCUGUCUGAGGCCCUGGAGGGAAAACGGCUCCCCAUCACACACUACAGCACCAUUACAGCUGACCACUAUGAUAUCCAUCUAAAGCUGGGUCUACCACAGGGGUAUGAAGAAGGCCUGCAUCCUCUCCUCAUCAUUGUGGAUKGAGCCCCUGACACUCAGGCAGUCACAGACCGUUUCUCUCUGGGCUGGCCCCAGGUCCUCUUCAGUAUCCACGGUGUGGCUCUGGCCUGGGUGGACGGCAAAAGUGGGGCGGCACACGGCCUGAGGUCACCUAACCUUGACCCCAGGAAACUCAGCUCCCAGAGMGUCAAAGACCUGCUGAGCGUAGUAGAGUGGUUGUUGGAGUUGCCGUACAUUGACAACAGAAGAAUUGCGCUGUAUGGAAAGGCAUUUGGUGGACUUCUGACACUGAAGAUGAUGGCAGCAGCCAACAUAUUUAAAUGUGCUGCAGUGAUGGCUCCAAUCACAGACUUCAAAAUCUACAAUGCUGCUUUUUCUGAGAGAUACCUGGGUCUUCCAGCCACUCAGGAGAGCUUCUACAAUGCUGCCUCUUUGCUGGAUGAUGUGGUCAAUCURAGGGACAAGAACUUCCUCCUUUUACAUGGAACCGCAGAUGCACAUGUCCACUUCCAGCACACUGCCGAGCUCAUAGACCGUCUGGUGUCAGCAAAGGCCAACUACUCUCUGCAGAUUUACCCUGACGAGGGCCACGUGUUCAGCACUUCCGGUGCACCCUAACAAACUUUCUCCAGGACUGUCUGGCUCCUAUGCCCCCUCAAAAGUCUGAUGGACAAGAGGAUGACUGAGAGCUACCCUCCCAAACAUUUACAUCCAACAACAAAACACCAAACAUCAUACUUCCAUCCUUUUGACCUUGAGGAUUUUGCAUGAGGGAAAUGUGAAAAGGCAUGUAGUGUGAAGGGAAAGUAUGCUCUAAAAUGUCUCAUGUUGAGUAAAGUUUGCAUUUUUGUAUUUAGAUAGCUGACUAAACUCCACUCCAUGGUGAAGGAAGUUAAACUUCCUUGGAGUUUAGUCAUCUAGUAUUUAGCAUGACCCAAAUUGCAGAACCUGAUUAUUGCAAAGAUCCUUAAGAAUUUGUUCUUGUUUCCUAAGUGCAUUUGAGAUGGUAAUAAAUAGUUUGAAGUUAUCUGGUGGUGAUAGUUUGUUUAAAUCAAAUCAAAUCAAAUGUUAUUUGUCACAUGCUUCAUAAACAACAGGUGUAGACUAACAG